AAAGACACAGCCCCGAUACGAACGAACCCGUCCGGCCUCUUCCUCCGGUCCGGCGGUACGAGUAAACCCUACGCUCGUCUUCCUCCGUUCGCCGACACCACCUCACGUCGCCAUGGCCGGCGACGGCGACCACCCGGGCGCCAACAAGCGGGAGCGCGAGGCGGUGGGGAGGCCCGAGGCGCCGUCCAAGGGGGGAGGCGAUGCCGUCAAGCGGAAGAAGCCCUACGACGCCCCCGGGGCGCGCGGCGGCGGCUCCAAGGAGAAGCCGCAGCCUGUCACCGCCAUGGAAAAGCGGGUGGCAGCCGAGAAAUGUCCUUAACUCUCUGUGGCAGGAAAUUUUCCUGCCCGAGUCGAGGAAGCCCGAUUACAAGCUCGUGAAGGAAAUCACAGUACUAUGUCAAAAGGUGAGAUGCUGUAAUCUGAGCGGGAAGGAGAGAUCCAAGCUACUUACCGAGGCUCUCCGUAAAAUGGAUGGGAAAUAUUUGGAAAUUGCUGGAUCCCCUGUAGCCGCAUCUGUUCUUAAAUUAUGUGUGCAGUGGUGCUCACAGUCAGAGAUGGAUCCUGUUUUUGUUGCCCUGCAGCCACAUUUGCUCGAUCUUUCUCGCAAUAAAGACACUGGUUUCCUUGUGAAUUAUAUCAUAAAAGGGGCCAGUAAAGAACAGUUUGCCUUGUUCAUCUCUUCCCUUCAUGGUCAUGUCGCUUCUCUACUUCAUCACACAAUAGGAGCGUCAGUUGUUGACCGUGCCUUUCAUCAGGCGACGCGGCCCCAGAAAAGAAGUUUGUUGUUGGAAUUGUGCUCCACUGAGCUUCAGCUGUCCAAGGACCUGGCUCAAGAAAAACAAUGCAGGCUCAGUGUGUUAAAUAUAAUUUCCAAGCAUGGACUACAGAAAUCAUCUGUCCUGCAGCAUAUGACUACUAUUAUCCAGCCAGUACUGGAAAAGGGUAUUGUUGAGUAUUCCAUAGUACACAUGGUCAUAUCGGAGUACUUAACAAUUGCGGAUAAGACAUCAGCUUUGGAUGUGAUUCGUCAGUUAAUCCCCCAUCUUAUCCAAGGGUCAUCUGUCCUAGAUGAAGAUGUGAUUGGUCAAUUAAUCCCCCAUCUUACACCAACGAAAUCAAAAGCGCAGAAGAAAAGAUCAAAAGCGAAGAAGAAAAGAUCUUCAGAACUACUUCUCAUUCGGAUCAUGCAGACGAAGGAAGGAUUAAAAUUAGGGCUUGCUUGCCUCAAGCAUGGCCUUGAGAAGGAUAGGAAGAGGAUUAUCAAAAGCUUGAAGGGGCAUAUUAGGAAGCUUGCUCUCAAUGAUUAUGGAUGCCUUUUCGUUAUUUGUCGUCUCUCCAUUGUUGAUAACACAGAACUUAUUACUGAGGUUGUAGUUGAUGAGCUGACAAAGCACUUAAAGGAACUCAUAUUUGACAAGAACGGGAGACGCCCAUUGCUGCAGCUAUUUCACCCACUUUGCUCACGUUAUCUGACUCCGCGUGAAUUGUUUUAUCUGAAUUACAACGUGCCUUCCCCUGUUUCAAAGGUUAACUUGGAUGGUGAGUCGGAUGAUGUAGCUGACAAAGAACAUGGGGGUUCAGAAGACACAUUGGUUGUGUCUGAUAGCAACCCGAUUAAACGGCGGCAAGUACUGUUGGUGAAAAGCGAGCUUUAUGAGGUUCUCGUUGAGACUUGCAUUGAAAAUGUUGGAGAGUUACUUCGAGCAAACUUUGGCAAAGAUGUACUAUAUGAGGUGGAAAAAAAUAACUUCUUGGAGGGGGUCACUGACAGGAUCCACGUACUUCACAAUGCUAUAGCUUGUGACGCAGCGCGCCCGAGGACAGAUGAUGUUGAUGAGCACGCCUUUGAUAACUACCACUCCAGCCGCAUAAUCAGAAGAAUGGUACUUGAUUGUCCUGCAUUUGCUGCUACCCUCUGGAAAAAAGCCCUCGAAGGGAAAUGCAAGUUAUAUGCAGAUGGAUUCAGCUCUAUUAUGGUGGCUGCCUAUCUGGAAUCUCCAGAUUCCAGGGUGAAGGAUCUUGCGAAAGCUGAGUUGCAACCGCUCAUUGACGGUGGCAUACUGAAGCCCCAGGAACACAAAGCAGAGGAGGAGAAGUCUGCCAUGGAGUGUAGUUCUGACGAUUCAUCAGAGCUAAGUGAUACAGAUAUUGCCGACUAUGCUAAAAAAGCAUACACGGAUUUGAAGUCUGGCAAGCUUGUGGCGAGGUUUGGCACUGACAGGUUUAGAUGCCCAUUCUGCCCCGGGAAGAAGCAGGAAUACCGUUACAGUGAUCUGCUUAAUCAUGCCAUUGGCCUGAGUGCAUCCAACCAUGCUGCAAAGGUGAAGGCAAACCACCAGGCCCUGGCUAAUCAUCUCAAGACGGACCAUGCUGAUGCAGCAACCUCAUCCUCAAUGCCUGUACGACACAAACUGAGGCACUGAUUAAUCCUCCUAGGCCCAGGCCUGUGCAAGAUCUACCUGCAAACUAAGCAGAUUUCGCCAUGGACAAAUCGUCAAGCUCUGGUGUUGCACUUUUUUUUCUUUCCCUUUGGGCAUUGGUGCAUACAUGAAUGGCGAUACUGCGAUUAGCCUUGCUUUUUCUCUAUA